AGCAAUCGUCAAGAGAAGCAGAAGAGAUUUUGGUAGUAUGAAAGCAUGCAGCGUAUAAAGAGAAAUUCGAGAAAAAUCUUUAAAUUAAAAUUAACAUUGAUCGUGAAAAUUCAGUUGAGUGCUCAAAGCAAACGGCUAACAUUGAUUAACAAAACAUAUCGAAAGAAUAUUUUCAAAACACAAAAUGUGAUCUUUUCAACUCAUUCACUUGCAAGCAGCGGCCGAGUACACAACACUUGUUAACGUACAUAUACAAACAGAAAUAAUUCGUACGAAAACGUCAAAAGAGAAAUAAAAAUAGGUAGUAGCGGAAAGUUUUCAAAUUCAAAAUAACAAAAACACAAAAUUCAUUCGGAAGAUAAAUCAUAAUGGUUCAAAGUUUUUAGUGCAUAAAAAACGAGUUGCAGAUAUAUAAAAUUGCAUAUUAAAAUUUUCAAUAAAAUACCUACUUUUCUACGCGUUCGUGCCGUUGUAACGCAUAUGCGAACGCCGUCGCAGUGGAGCUGCAAAGAGAGAAAGUCCUAGAAUUUCUACGAGUGUCCACCUUCGUCCUGCUAUUCCUCAUCAUAUCACUAUACCUAUACCGUUACGCAUUUUAAGUAAGCGUUUAGAAUUAGGAUCAGCUAAAUAUAAAUUGCAACAAAAUUAGCUGAUUUGCUACAUAAGUGUGUGCAGCUACAUCACAGCAAGUGUAACAACUCAAGUAAAGAAAAACAACAACAACAAAAAUUGUGCAAAAAUUUUAGCGCGACAUCGACAAUACUGUCAGCAAUAUGGCUAAAGCGCCUGCAGUCGGCAUUGAUCUUGGCACAACAUAUUCAUGCGUUGGUGUUUUUCAACAUGGCAAAGUGGAUAUCAUAGCCAAUGAUCAGGGUAAUCGGGUAACUCCAUCCUAUGUGGCCUUCACCGAUACGGAGCGUCUAAUUGGCGAUGCAGCCAAAAAUCAAGUGGCCAUGAACCCGAAUAAUACUAUCUUUGAUGCGAAACGUCUGAUUGGCCGCAAGUUCGAUGAUGCCACAGUGCAGAGCGACAUGAAACAUUGGCCAUUCGAGGUCUUCAAUGAUAAUGGCAAGCCGAAAAUGCGUAUUGAAUAUAAGGGUGAGAAGAAGAGCUUCUUUCCGGAGGAGAUCUCUUCGAUGGUAUUGACAAAGAUGAAGGAAACCGCCGAAGCUUACAUGGGCAAGACUGUUACGGAUGCUGUUGUCACUGUGCCAGCCUAUUUCAACGAUUCACAACGUCAAGCCACCAAGGAUGCGGGCGCUAUUGCCGGUCUGAAUGUGCUACGUAUCAUUAAUGAACCCACCGCUGCAGCCAUUGCUUAUGGUCUCGACAAGAAGGGCACUAGUGAACGUAAUGUAUUGAUUUUCGAUUUGGGUGGCGGCACUUUCGAUGUGUCCAUACUCACCAUUGAGGAUGGCAUCUUUGAGGUUAAGUCCACGGCGGGCGAUACACAUUUGGGCGGCGAAGAUUUCGACAAUCGCAUGGUGAAUCAUUUUGUGCAGGAAUUUCAACGGAAGUACAAAAAGGAUUUGGCACAAAAUAAGCGCGCUUUGAGACGUCUGCGCACGGCUUGCGAACGCGCCAAACGCACGCUGUCCGCCUCCUCGCAGGCGAGCAUCGAAAUUGAUUCGCUAUAUGAGGGCAUCGACUUUUACACAUCCAUAACACGUGCACGUUUCGAAGAGUUGAAUGGCGAUCUCUUCCGCGGCACUAUGGAGCCGGUGGCGAAGGCGUUGCGCGAUGCCAAAAUGGAUAAGGGUCAAAUACACGAUAUUGUCUUGGUUGGCGGCUCGACGCGUAUACCGAAGGUACAAAAGUUGCUGCAGGACUUCUUCAAUGGCAAAGAGUUAAAUAAGUCCAUUAACCCGGAUGAGGCAGUGGCCUAUGGCGCUGCUGUGCAAGCGGCGAUACUUUGUGGUGAUAAGUCCGAGGCGGUACAGGAUCUGCUCUUACUCGAUGUGACACCACUAUCGUUGGGCAUUGAAACCGCCGGCGGUGUGAUGACGGUGUUAAUUAAACGUAACACAACCAUACCCACCAAGCAGACACAGGUCUUCACCACCUACUCAGAUAACCAGCCGGGCGUGUUGAUACAGGUAUUCGAGGGUGAACGUGCUAUGACCAAAGACAAUAAUAUACUUGGUAAAUUCGAGUUGAGCGGCAUACCGCCUGCGCCGCGUGGUGUGCCACAAAUUGAGGUUACGUUCGAUAUCGACGCCAAUGGCAUACUGAAUGUGACAGCCAUUGAGAAGUCUACAGGUAAAGAGAACAAAAUAACGAUAACCAACGAUAAAGGGCGACUGAGCAAAGACGAUAUCGAGCGCAUGGUGAACGAAGCUGAACAGUAUCGCAAUGAAGAUGAAAAGCAGCGUGAACGCAUCAACGCUAAGAAUGCGCUCGAGUCGUAUUGCUUCCAAAUGAAGUCCACAAUGGAUGAUGAAAAUAUACGCGCAAAAAUUUCGGACGGCGACAGACAGCUGAUAUUGCAAAAAUGCGAUGAGACCAUUAGUUGGUUGGAUAGCAAUCAACAGGCGGAGAAGGAUGAGUUCGAUUAUAAGCAAAAAGAGUUGGAGAAGAUCUGCAGUCCGAUUAUUACACGCUUGUAUCAGGGCGGCGUGCCACCACCGCCACCUGGUGCUGGUGCAGGCGGUCCGGGUGCUGGUGGUCCUGCCGGCACGGCUGGUGGACCAACUAUCGAAGAGGUCGAUUAAGCUCUUCUAGUGUGUGUUUUGUGAAAUGAAAAGACGCAAUGGCAUAUACAUAUAUAUUUUUUGGCGUUGCUUUAUUUUUCUAAAUAACAUUUUCUUUUUAUUUGUUGUUAUCUCUGUUGCCGCAAUUCGUAUUUUAUUAUCAUCUAUUUUACAUACAUACAUAUCUAUACAUAAAAUUUUAACAACGUAAACUACAUACGUACAUAAUUUAUUCGAAAACGACGUUGGCUAAAGAAUAAUAAAUUUGAAAACGAUUUUCUUGUGGUUUAUUAAAA